UCAGUCGUGCGCUGAUUUCGUUCGCUUCAGUAGUGCGCCCUAUGAAACCACGGGAGAUGCGUUCAGAGAUCGCAACCGGAUUUUAGUUUGUUAUAUUUUUUAAAGAAAAUUUCGGUGUUUGUCGGAAUUUUAAAUAAACUAGAUCCCAGUUUUUGGAUCUUGUGCUGUUGUGCCGUCGAGGUCUUUUCGAUACGUAAAAAGGCCGACCACCAGGUGUAUUUUGUGCGCGGCCAUCGGAGGCGACGUUGUGUUUCCGUUUUAUUUUUGAGUUCUUCGUUAAUUAUUUUUUUAUUUUUAUUUUCACUUGGUUCGAUUUUGUUAUCGUCUCUUCGUACAACAACCAACGAUAAAAUGUCGCUGUUUUGGCGAACGGUGCUUGCUUUUGCUACAGUGUCUUCCACCAUGGCUAUCUUGAUCGGCGGCGAGCAGGACGUCGCCAGUCCCUUGAGGGUUGCUCAGUGUCGAGCUACGUGUUUAGAAAGGUUUUCAAAUGAUGGGCCAAAUGGGGAAUCGAUGUGCCUCCAAGGACCAGAUUGCUUCAUGUGCUGGGAGAACUGCGAGCUGUUGCAGUCCAACUUCCAGGUUUGGGGCGCCAUGUGCCAGGAAAAAGAAAUAUGUUUCCCUGGUUGCCAAGAAGCGUGCCGUUUCCACGCUGAAGCUUCAGCUAACAUCCAACAGACUCAGCCGGUGAUCCACACGAAAGGGGAAGGGGUCAUCAGGGUAUCAGGGGCUUUAGCACGAUGGCCUCGGCCUACAUUGGUAAACCCUUCUACUCCUUUAGUUUACGUGGUUAUGCGAAAAUCACAAUCGGGUCCUUGGCGUCAAAUAAUUCAAACGUUGGAUUUAACCACGAGGGUUCCUCUUAAUUCGGAUCAACCGGGUUCUAUGCUCCGAGUCUUGGUUGUUGAUCCUCAAGGAUUAAUCACUAUUUAUAGUCCGGACGAAGCUGUAGCGAGAGAAAAUCGAAAGAGGAAGAAGACGAUUAAUACUGAAAUUAAAGCAACGACUAGUCGUAGUACACAAAUUGAUUAUGACGCUCCGUGGACUUUAAGAGAAGUGUCUUUAAUCCAUCAGAAAGUUUUGGUUAUCGGCGAGAUAGCUUGGGAACCGAAAACGACGAGGGGUAUUUAUUUGGUAACUUGGGAAGUCGAUGGGGGAGGUCUUAAAGGAAAUCUGUUCACCGACUCAACCUGUGUUACACUUUCUUUAUGGCCUGAUACGGUUUAUCACAUCCAAGUGGAAUUAGUUUCGAGAACUCCAGGUGUUGAAAAUUUGAAAUCCGAAAUGAUGGAUUUGGAUACUGGGAGGGCACAAAAAGUCUCGACUGAAAGUCAGGAUGAUUUGAAUAUGAUCCCCGAAGAAACAAGAGAUGAAUUAAACUCGCCUCGUUUAUCGGUGUUAGUCAGCGCUGUAAAAGGAGAGAAAACAGAAAAGUGGCACAACAUGGAAUUAAUUUUAGGAUGUAGUGCUGCCGUGUUAACCUUUGCACUUGUCUUAGCGGUUAAUUUCUGGAGAUGUCGAAGAAGGGGGAACGGUAUAGAUAAUAUGAUAACGGGAAGUAGUUCAAUAAGGAGUCACAAAUUGGUUGAAGAUUUAACGUGUUAUAGAAGUUUUCAACCGAUCAUGACGGUGGUAGGUUCGGUUAACGAGAGGCAAUCGCUGACGCAAUCCUGUGCCACGCCGGACGUAACUUUCUCGGACGCAAACGAAGAGAAACAGUCAAGAAACGUUCAGGUGUGACGCCAUAGCUGCGAUAACGUAAUAGUAUCCCAUGCCAAACCGUGAAACAAACACAAGAGAAGAUUUAGUUUCCUUUCUUUGUUCCCUCCCUGUAUGUGUAUUUAAAGAAAAAGUUCCUAAGUUAUUGAUUGAAGACAAAGAAAGGUAACCAGUGGUGACAGUGCAAACAAGUGAGUGAUAAAUUUCUAAUUAGUGACUCGAGAGACUGUGAGACUACUAAUCUAGUGCUUUUUUUUCUCCGCGUCGUUCUCGACAAACUCGACGAACUCUGUAUUCAAUGUGUAUUAUAUGUGUAAAAAACUAGUCUAAUCAAAAAAGAGAGAUGAUCACUUUUAAAUAACCGACUAUUUAUUUUAAAUGGAGAAUUAAAUAUAUCGCUGAUGCCAACUACGUAGAGUGAAAUACCUCCGAUUUUACAAAACAAAAGAUUUACGAAACAAAGUAUUUUAAAAUGCUUUCGAAACAUCUCAUUUUUAUAUAAAUAUUGUACAUGUUUAGACACGAGUAACCCUGUCAAUAUGUAAACGAAUCGAAAAUCGUUAGGAGCGACUCUUAGCCAGAAUAUUGAAUGUUUAAUUAGAUUAACCGCCCGUUCGAAAUACUCUUUCAAACGAAUUCUUCACAUAUUAAUUUCUUUUCUUAUUUCCCCAAUCAUAAAUUAUUUUAUUUUUUAUUUGUAAAUACUUUUCUGUAUUAUAAUUAUCUAUUAUAUAUCAAUAUAAGUUAUUUUUCUAUUAUGAAAAGCGAUUGUGACACACUACAUAGUCUAUAGUCAAAGAUCCCAUGGCUAAAAUGUAAAUACGAUUAUUAAGUAUAACUAUUAUCAGUGGA